AUGGAUCCUGACCCCACCGUACGCAGUCCGGACUUGGCGUCGCCUGCGACGUCAACCUCAAGGAAGCGCAACAGCCGAGAUGACGACACCACCAGUGACAGCACUGAACUGUACACGGCGAGUAGUGAAGACAGCGACGACAAUUUCAUCCCCGCAGUGAAGCGCAAAGCUAAACGGCGAAUGGUCGGUGCGUCUUCGCCAGCUAGCAUCUCUACCGUGAAGGCUGCCUGCAGUCGUAAACGCCAUACCAUACUCUUUGUUCCUGUUGACUCUUCGGUCAACCUGAAGAACAUAAACAGGCAAGUGAUAUCGGCACGACUCGAAGCUAUCGUACCAAAUGAGAUACAAGAUAUUAGACUCAACCCACGGAAGAACAUCUUGGCCAUAGACGUUGAGCACCCGGCUGCGCUACAUACCUUGCGAAAUGUUACGGAGCUUGGAGACAUCAGACUCAGUGCUUACAUCCCGCAGGAUAGCGACACGACGACGGGCGUCAUUUAUGACGUCGACGUUUCUAUACCUAAUGCAGAUCUUCCUGUGCUGAUAAAGCCAGCUACUGAGGCCACGGACAUAUUGCAAGUAUGCCGGCUUGGCAACUCCCGUUGCAUCAAGGUGAACUUCAGAGGCGAUUGCAUCCCAUCGCACGUGAAGGUUGGUCACUUUCGUCACGUUGUGCGACCCUACAUUCCAAGGCCUCUGCAGUGCCACAAAUGUCUCAAACUGGGCCAUGUUAGUGGCGUGUGUAACAACAAGCCAGCAUGCCCACGUUGCGCCGAACCCCACAAAGCAGAGGCCUGCAAAGCAAUUCUCCUAAAAUGCAGCAACUGCAGCGGAAACCAUGACGCCUCAUCGAAAGACUGCCCAGUACUCAAGAAGGAGAGGAGCAUUCUGAGGCAAAUGGUGAAGGACGGAUCCUCACGAAAGGAAGCAGUAACGGUUGUACAAAGACGGCGUUCCCGUCGACGACGGUGCUCGAAGAAAAGAAAAAGCAGUCAUCUGCCAAAUGUGCCUUCACCUACGCCGCCACCGCCACCACCGCCGCCGCCACGACCACAGCGACCGCCCCCGCCCCCGCCGCCAGGUGUGAUUCGUCCAGAGGUGCAGAAAGACACUGAGGCGCAAAAGAGAGCAUCCGACACUGAUUGGCCUGCUUUACCGCGGGCACACGUGCCUACGGAACCAAAGCAUCCACAGUCGACAACGGCUACAUCAACAACAGGCAGUCUAUCCGCCCAAGAGGUCCAGGUUUUUUCUGUCCUGAGGUCGCUGAUGAGUGUUAUCCGCACUCUCCUGGCUAGUCUGCAGAUACCUGCCGCUAAAUGCGCACUGCAAGUCUUGGACACACUCGAACCAGUACUUGCCGGCUUGCAGUAA